AUGGCUGGACAAAAUUUACCUUUAAGAAGCAAUUCUGAUAAAUUCAAUACACCUCAUAAUGGUAAUUGUUUUAAAAUAAUUGAGUUUUUGGGGCUAUAUAAUCCUAUCAUGAAAAAGCAUAUAAAGCACAUAAGAAUAAUAACUUCUAAGAAAAUUCAUUCCCAAUAUCUCGGUAAAAAUAUCCAGAAUGAUAUUAUUCAAUUACUAUCCAAAAAUAUUAAUUUACAAAUCAUAUCUGCUCUUAAAAUGCCAAAUAUUAUUCGAUAAUAUUAAAUUAUACUCCUGACAUAAGUUACAAAGAACAAAUGAUUAUAUUUAGAUUUGUUACAACUACAGAAGGUAUUAAUAAGAAUAAAUAACAUCUAAAUGUAAAAAUGAAAAAAUAAUACAAAACUCACCAAAUAAUAUAUCAGCAAGGUGGUAGGCGUGGUUUACAGCUGCCUACCACAGCAAUACAGCGCGCAACACUAUCUCGCCUUGUUUAUGUUUCACUUUUGGUGUGUCGUCCUUUCGUUAGGCUAUAUUGUAUAUUUAAUUUAUAGUCAAACGCAGGGUCGUGCUCAUGGAGGGCACGAGAGGUGCCAACGCACCGGGCACUAUGGCUACAGGGGCACCAAUAAAAUUGUUUAAA